ACCGAAUUUGUGUUAUUCUCUGUUAUCGGCUAAGUGCUAACCGCUAUGGUUUAUAAAGUUGAUUGCUACAUCUUUCUCUGAAACUAAGCCAAUCUCAUAAUUCACUUCGAUCGAUUCGAUUUGAUUCGUUGAAACUAUGGAUUUCUUCAAAUCGAUUUUAGCCGAUGAUCCGGAACCCGAAAAUGUGCAAGAUUCCAAACAGCAUUCCCCGUCCCCAUCUAGCCAAAAAGAGGAAAAUCGCGAAGAAACUGAGGGUGUGGAUGGCGCAGAUCCGUCAACUACUGCUAGCGGUGCGAGUAGAUGGGGGAGUUUCGGAGGUCUCAUCAAGACUUUAGCUUCCCGAUCCGAGUCAGUCCUCGAGACUUACCGCCGGGAUCUGGAAGAAUUCGGGACGGGUCUUAAGAAAGAGACGGUGCUUUUCCGGGAAGUCGCCAGCCGUGCGGUGAAGGAGCUCCCGGCUUCGAUCGAGGUAGGCGCCUCGGUGGCUCAUGGCUCCCUGGGAUCAGUCGGCAAGACUAUCGACGGAGUGUUCAAAUCCACCGCCGAUAUCAUUUCUCAAGGUAAAGAUACUCUCCUAUCCUCCUCCGACGCCGAACCCGAAACCCCCGACACGAAUCGGAGCUCCGAUUCGCGUCGUUACAGUAGGUUUGAUGCGCAGCUAACCACAAUCCGGAAUGACCCCGCUACUUUCACCGACGAGCCUGAGGAUUUGGAUGAGUAUAGGAAGUGGAAAUCGGAGUUCAAUUUGAACGAUAAGAGGCCGGAAUUUGAGGAAUUGAUCGGAGAAAAUGGUGGUCUAGAUGGUGUUUACAAACGCCUUGUACCCAGUGUAGUUGAUGAAGAUACCUUCUGGUGUCGCUACUUUUACAGGGUGCAUAAGCUUAAGCAGCAAGAAAGUGUUAGGGCUAGCCUUGUGAUGAGAGCAAUAUCUGUAGAUGAUGAAGAAGAAUUAACCUGGGAUGUUGAUGACGAUGAUGACAAUGAUUAUGAGCCAAAUUGUACUGCAAAAUCGAAAGGCGAAGAACAGGGAAAUAGCCAAGCUAGUAAUCAAGAUUCAGGGAAAAUCACAGAUGAAUUGCAAAAUGUGAGUUCUGAUAUCAGUGAUGAGAAGGGCUCUGUUACUGGAUCGAGUGAGAAUAGUUUCCCUAAAGAGAAAGAGGCCGAGGAAGCUACAUUACUGAAGUCAGUUGAGAAGGGAGUUCCGAGUGGUAAACAGAAUGAUGCUUGUGAGCAGCAACCCGUGCAGGAAGAGGAAGACUUUGGGUGGGACGAGAUUGAGGAUAUCGAGAGCGGUGAUGAGAAAAAGGCUCUCACUUCUCGUGGUGAGAGUGCAAAUAUAGCUGAUUUGAGAAAGAAGCUUGCUGAUGAUGAUGAUGAUGAGAAUUUGGGUUGGGAUAUCGAAGAUGAUGAUGAGCCUAUCAAAGCUUGAUCCUUGGCCAAUAUCCCAUUCGCCUUUGAGAGCAGAAUGUGAGAAUUGCAACAGAUAUCUGCAGAUGGUAUAAUUCAUUUGUUUCUUGAAUGCCUUGUGUUCAAAACUGUCUGUCAUUUACUCAUUUACUCACAGAAGUGAAUACAUUCAUCUAUGCAUAAAUGGUUGUAGUUAUAUAUAUAUAUAGCAAACUAUGUUACUACUACUUGUCAUUUAUAUGUGAAGUGAAUGUCUAAAUGUCUAUGCAAUUUGCUAAUUUGAACAAUUAGCCAGUUAGGGGUUUCUGAUUUAUGGUUGCUGCAGCUACUACUUGUACUAUAUCUUACAUUCAGAAAUGAGAAUUGCCUUGAUUUCUUCAUUCAA